AAAUGUAAGUUGAUAUUGGACUUUACUGUUCUUCUCUCUUUCUACUAUGUCAUCAUCACACCCAUUACCAUCACUCACUACAGUGAGUGAGUGACCGAGUUAAGUGAGUGAGUUGAGUUGAGCUGAGCUGAGUUGAGUUGAGUUUUGGACAUAAAAGAAUCAAAUGCUUUUUGCCAAGAAAUCCCAUUUGGUGUCUCAUAUCUAAAAGAGCAAACUAAAGUUGUCUUCUUUUUUUCUUUUCCUUUAACACCAUACUCUCUUUUUUCUACACAAAAGAUUCUUUCAUUUUUUUUGGCCUCUAUGAACUUCAAAGAACUUGAUUUUGGAAAUUUGGAUUCAAGAUUACGAGUAUAGCUUUGAUUGUUGAUGAAGCACUUUGUAUGCUCUUAAAAUGGUUUCAAGGUCAUAUUCCAACCUCUUAGAUCUUGCUUCGGGUGACACUCCGUCUUUUGGUCGUGAAAAGAAGAGACUCCCUCGAGUGGCAACUGUUGCAGGAGUUUUGUCUGAGCUAGACGAUGAUAACAGUAACAGUGUUAGCUCUGAUGCUCCCUCAUCAGUCUCGCAAGAACGGAUGAUCAUUGUGGGUAACCAGCUUCCUCUUCGCGCUCAUCGGAGUCCAGAUGGUAGUGGAGGGUGGUGUUUUAGCUGGGACGAGGAUUCACUUCUAUUACAACUUAAAGAUGGCCUUGGAGAAGAUUUAGAAGUUAUCUAUAUUGGUUGUCUUAAAGAACAGAUUGACCCAAGUGAGCAAGAUGAUGUAGCCCAAACACUGCUUGAAACUUUCAAAUGUGUGCCGGCUUUUAUUCCGCCUGAACUUUUCAGCAAAUUCUAUCAUGGAUUCUGUAAACAGCACUUGUGGCCUUUAUUUCAUUAUAUGCUCCCUCUAUCACCAGAUCUCGGUGGCCGAUUUGACAGAUCCCUGUGGCGGGCUUAUGUUUCCGUGAACAAGAUAUUUGCAGACAAAGUAAUGGAAGUGAUAAGCCCUGAGGAUGAUUAUGUCUGGGUUCAUGACUACCAUUUGAUGGUUUUGCCAACAUUUUUGAGGAAGAGGUUCAAUCGGGUGAAGCUUGGGUUCUUCCUUCACAGCCCAUUUCCAUCAUCUGAAAUAUAUCGAACACUUCCAGUCAGAGACGAACUUCUCAGAGCGCUUCUCAAUGCUGACCUUGUUGGCUUCCAUACCUUUGAUUAUGCAAGGCACUUCCUUUCUUGCUGUAGUAGGAUGCUCGGUCUCACUUAUCAAUCUAAGAGAGGCUACGUGGGGCUGGAGUAUUAUGGUCGCACUGUCAGCAUAAAGAUUCUGCCUGUUGGAAUUCAUAUAGGCCAGCUUCAGUCUGUGCUGAAUCUUUCUGAGACACACUCCAAGGUUGCCGAGCUACGUGAUCGGUUUAGAGGUCGAACUGUUAUUCUGGGUGUCGAUGACAUGGACAUCUUUAAGGGAAUCAGCUUGAAACUUUUGGCCAUGGAACAAUUGCUCAAACAACAUCCUGACAAGAGAGGAAGAGUCGUUUUGGUUCAAAUAGCAAACCCUGCUAGAGGCCGCGGAAGAGAUGUCCAAGAGGUCCAAGCUGAAACAAAGGCUUCAAUGAGGAGGAUUAAUGAGACUUUUGGACAGCCGGGAUAUGAUCCUGUAGUUUUAAUGGAAGCCCCACUCCAAUUUUAUGAGCGCAUUGCUUAUUAUGUUAUUGCAGAGUGUUGUCUAGUUACAGCAGUAAGGGAUGGAAUGAACUUAAUACCCUAUGAGUAUGUUAUAUGUCGGCAAGGAAAUGAAAAGCUGAAUGAGACACUCGGGCUGAACUCAUUGACUCCAAAAAAGAGCAUGCUGGUUGUUUCAGAGUUUAUUGGAUGCUCGCCGUCAUUGAGUGGGGCUAUUCGAGUAAAUCCUUGGAAUAUUGAUGCUGUGGCUGAAGCUAUGGAUUCUGCUUUAAUAGUCCCAGAAGCUGAAAAACAGAUGCGACAUGAGAAGCAUUACAGAUAUGUAAGUACACAUGAUGUUGCAUAUUGGGCCCGUAGUUUUGUGCAGGAUCUUGAAAGGGCAUGCAGGGAUCACGUGAGGAGGAGGUGCUGGGGUAUAGGAUUUGGUUUAAGUUUUCGGGUGAUUGCGCUGGAUCCUAAUUUCAGGAAACUUUCAGUUGAACAUAUUGUUUCAGCUUAUAGGAGGACCAAUUAUCGGGCAUUUCUUUUGGACUAUGAUAGUACUAUGAUGCUUCGAGGUUCAGUAAGUGCUAUUCCUAAUGCAGAGGCUGUUGGAAUUCUAAACAAUUUAUGUAGAGACCCUAAGAAUGUGGUUUAUAUUGUGAGUGGCAAGGACAGAGAAACUCUAACUGAAUGGUUCCCUUCUUGUGAAAAGCUUGGGAUUGCAGCAGAGCAUGGCUAUUUUGUGAGGUCAAACUAUGAUGCAGAGUGGGAAACAUGCGUUUCUGUUCCAGAUUUUGAUUGGAAACAGAUUGCUGAACCAGUAAUGAAACUGUACACUGAGACAACUGAUGGUUCAGCCAUUGAGACCAAAGAGAGUGCUUUAGUAUGGAAUUAUCAGUAUGCAGAUCCAGAUUUUGGCUCAUGCCAGGCUAAGGAGCUUCUAGAUCAUUUAGAAAGCGUUCUCGCAAAUGAGCCGGUGUCUGUCAAGAGUGGCCAACACAUUGUGGAAGUUAAACCCCAGGGUGUCAACAAAGGUCUUGUGGCCGAACGCCUCCUCGAAACAAUGCAACAAAAAGGAAAGCUACCUGAUUUUGUCCUGUGCAUUGGGGAUGAUCGAUCCGACGAAGACAUGUUUGAAGUGAUAAUGAGUGCAAGGGAAGGCCCUUCUCUUUCUCCAGUUGCCGAAGUAUUCGCAUGUACUGUCGGCCAAAAACCGAGUAAGGCCAAGUACUAUUUGGAAGACACAUCUGAAAUCUUGAGAAUGUUGCAAGGUCUGGCUAAUGCUUCCGAGUAUGCCACCAGAAGUUUGCCCCAAUCCUCGCCGGGAGUUAUUAUUGACAGAGAGUAAUAAAAUCCGUCUCUUUGCAUCGGUUCUUCUCAUUUUUUUACUAAAAUGUUAUUUGGUUGAGAAUUCCAUGGAGCUUUGUGUGCUUUUUCUGAUUGGGAUCAGAUUCAUGCUUAGAAGAUUAUAGGUAUUAGCAUUUGCAUUGAUGUAUUAGGGACAGGUUUGUCCAAAUUCUGCAAUAAUAAGUGUACUUGUAGUUCAGGUUGAUAUAUGCUAUGCUCUUUGCUUCCAA